AUGUUUGAAGGGGUACUGAUUGAAAUGAUGAGUAAACCGGACGGCGGAUGGGGAUGGAUGGUCGCGUUUUCCUCUUUUAUACUCAACGUAUUAAUGAACGGAAUCUUUCUUACGUAUGGAAUUUUCUUCCCGGCAUUCCUCAAGCAUUUUGAUGAAAGUCCUGUUGUCAGCGUCUUGGUGAACAAGUAUGAUAUUAGGAAGGUGGUCGCGGUUGGAACUGUGAUAACCAGUGGCGGACUUUUCCUUUCCUCGUUUUCCCAAUCCCUGAAUGUGUUGUUGAUCUUCUACAGCAUUGUGGGAGGAUUUUUCAUUCCGUCGAAUUUCCUUCCUGUUUGGGCUAGUGAUGUCAAUCUGUCCACGGAGGAGGGAGCAUUUCUCAUUUCAGCAAUGGGCGCAUCCAACACGAUAGGGCGUGUUUUGAUUGGCUAUAUCACGGACAAACCAUGGGCUAACUGUUUGAUUAUAAACAAUAUUGCCCUACUGAUUGGUGGCCUGGCUACGUGUUUUGUACCAUUCUACACCACAUUUGAGACUCUUGUCAUCUAUGCUGUUGUCUUUGGGAUAUCUAUGGCUGUUUUUAUCGUGCUCGGAAGUAUUUUGAUGGCAGAACUGUUGGGGGAACCUAGACUCAACAGUUCGUUUGGAUUGGUCGGACUAAGCAUCGGCCUGUCGGCAUUUGUGGGGUCACCGUUGGCAGGAGCGUUGUCGGACAUCAUUGGCAACUACAAUGUGGCAUUCUACUUCGGUGGCAUCACUAUGGUACUAGGAGGCUUAAUUUGUCUGCUACUCAGACGGAUUUCAAACUGGGAAAUCAGUCGGAGAAAAGAUUUCAACUUAUGUGAUAGAUAUGACGAUGAUCAGAAAAACAAAAAGCCAGGUGUAAAAAUAGUGUCCGUCAAGAAGAAGUUAUCUGUAUUUACGAUAUCAGAUUCCACGAAAGAUAUGAACUGA